AUGCACAUGCGCUCCCUGACAGUCAUGGUCCUCGCGGCCCAGGUCAGGAACUCUGCUGCCCAGGAAGCGGGUUUCCGUCAGGUUCCAGUCGGCGAGGCCGUCGGCCAAAACCUCGUGGUUACGCCUGCCCUGAUCACCAGCUCGACCAACAUUCCGUUCUUUGCCGCUGGAGUCUGCGCGACUCAUAUCAGCUGCGAGAACCUGGGUAUCGCCACGGUAACCACAGUGACCGAGUCUGUGCCUGGGCUCAUCCCUAUCGCGACGCCCCUGACCAUCACCCCGACAUGCGUCAAGCCGGGCUACACCCACACCGUCAUCAUUGUCCCCACCGGCACCCAUGUGACGAGGGAGACGCACACGAUCACCAUGCUUCCCGGAGAGACCUACUUCCCCGACGCCUCCAACACCGAGAUCAACGGCCCUGUCAUCGAGGUGGUCUAUCCUGGGGGGCCUGACCCCACUAAGACGCACACCAAGACCAGUACCCUCACCAGCGGCCACAGUCCGAGCGAAAUCACCGUCAUCAACGAGCCUCCCUUGGUCGGCGUGGAUCCCACCGUUACCAUUAUUCCGACCGUCACCUCUGGUAUCGAGGUCACCGUCUGCCCGCCGGAGAAGAUUGUCACCGUCACGUCGCAGCCCAUCCCGGGCCCGACGGUCACGACGACUGCCGCCGGCGGAACCGUGGUCGAGAAGCCAGCUUCCAAGUUCCCAUGCAGCAAGGACGAUGACAAGCCUUGCCGGGGAGCUCAGGUCCAGGGAUGGACCGUUUUCAAGACGCUCUUUGAUGCCAAGCACAAGUACGAUGGCAACACCUACCCCGGGCCGUGGACUCGAACCCUCGACCUCGACGAGGACACCAUCCUCACCGUAACCGACAGCUGGUACCAGGCUGAACAUUGGACCGUGUCCCUCGACGGCCAGGUCAUCGGCGAGACGCACGAGGACGGGUUCCAGAACGAGAAGCUGUCGUGCACCACCGACGGCGACUCCUGCAUCGCCAAGGGCUUCUCGCACGGAAGCUUCAUGCUGCCCAAGGGCAAGCACACACUGUCGAUCGAGUGGACCGACGGACCGCUCAAGUUCAACAACGGCUACAGCUGGUGGACGCACGGAUAUGGCGUCUACCGCCUCGACAAGCCCUGCAGAUGCGGCAACAGCGAGCUCUAG